AUGAGUGAGGAAGAGGCAAAAAUAAUUGAUCAAGAAGAGCGGCUAGAGAAAGCAAUUCUAGCUGGAUUGGACGCUAUUUUUGCAGAUGAUGUUGAUAAAUUUAUUGAAAUAAAUUCAAAUGUUCAAAUUCAAGAUAUUCACUUUGCUAUUUCAUACAAAGUUCCAGAAUUUUUAUCAUAUGGUCCUCCAAUGAUAUGCGUUGCCGCUUACUUCCAUGCCGAAAAAAUCGUAGAUUAUUUAAUUAAUGUUGGAGUUAACUUAGAUUUCAAAGAUUCCAGAGGUAUGAAUGUAAUACACUAUGCUGCAGCUGGUGGCAGCUUAUCGAUUUGCAAAAUGCUUGAUAAUGAAUGUAAUAUGUUCAAAAGAGAGGAUUCAGAAGGAAACGUACCGAUGCACAUCGCUGCAAUGUACAAUUCAGUAGAUAUUGUUAAGUAUUCAUACGCACACGGCAUCAUUUUAGAUGCUGUAAAUAAUAAUGGUGUUACGCCGCUAAUGUUAGCAGCCAAAUGCGGAAGUAUAGAUAUAUUGAAGCUUCUUAAUGACAAUGGAAUUAACAUGCACGAUUCAGAUUCAUCAGGAAAUAACGCAUUGCAUUAUGCAGCGAUGGGUAAUAGCACAGAGUCACUUAUCUACCUUGCAGAAGAAUGUGGUGUACUUAUUACUCGUACAAAUCAUAACAGCGAAACUCCUUUAAUCAUUGCUUGCGCAAGAGGUUGUUUAUCUGCUGUAAAAUGCUUAGUUGAGAAACUUGGCGAUAAAGUUAAAGUCAGAAACAAACGUAAAGUACCAAUUGUCAGCGCUUGCCAAAGUGGAAACCUUUCUUUGGUGAAAUAUUUGAUAAGUAAAGGAGCUUCACUUAAUGAUUUCACUUCGCAAGGAGAAACACCAAAAGAUGCUACUUCAGAUUAUUGUCAUUAUGAAUUACUCAAAUGGAUCAAAGCAAAUAAGUAA